UCACAUCAUUCGAUUCGCUACUCCCGCAGUUCCUCUCCGCUCAAAACCCUAGCGCCCCAGCAAUGGUGGAAUCUUUCCCCAUCGUCUCGAAACCCUAGAAGCAUCCUCCUCGCCGCCCCGAUGGACUCCCGCCGUGCGCCGCGCACGGUGAUCGACCCCAAGGUCCGUCAGGUAGGCUUCGUCACCCCCGGCGCGCCACCGGCGAGAUCUCAUUCCAUACCCGCCGACGCCUGCUCUUCCCCUCCUCGCGCACCCGACUUCACCCUUCCCAGCAACUCCCUCUCCCCCGUCAUGAUCCCUCCCGCCCGCCACGCCUCCGCCGACGGCAUUCAAGUCCUCACCCGUGCCUCGGCUCCUGUUCCCGUUCCCUCCACCACCACCAACCCGCCAUCCCCCUUGCGCCGGGAUGGGGUCCAGAUUCCAAUCGGUAGUUACAAUCCAUCGGAGUCUCUUGGUACCUCGCCGAUGAGAUCACCAUCGAGCCGAAUGGAUGGGCCGGAGUUCUCGGAGGAUAUGUCGAUGGUUUCAUCAUCAAGGCUCGCUAGGGGCUCAUCUGCGAAGGCUGCGGCGGCGUCUUUCCCGGGGACCAACACGGAGAUGAUGGCCGCUGGCAAGGUUGUUGGUAACGUCGUUCCAGCUAAGAGUAGCUUGACAACUGCAUCGGUGGUGAAAACUUUGCCUGGAUUAUCAGAUAAAGGGGAUGGAUCUCUUGCUGAGGUGCAUGGGGAAGCAGCUGGUGUUGCAAAGCCAUUGAAGCAGAAAACAUCAAGAGCGGAUAGACGUGCAAUUCAGGAAGCUCAGCGUGCUGCUAAAUCUGCAGCAAGAGAGGCUGGUGGCGGUAAGCCUUCUGGUGGCACAGUUCCGGCAAAUGCUGCAAAAGGGGAGUUUGGCAAGCCUUCACAGAAGAAAGAUGCAGCUUCAGUUUCAGGGGCAAAUGUUGUUCCAGAGAAGAAAGUUGCUGAUCGGCCUCCUGAAAAAGAGAGAAAAAAAGAUGUUCCUCACCCUCGGAUGCAAUUUGAUGAUCAGCAUCGAGUUGAAAAGGCCAAAAAGCGUGCGGUAGUCAAUCAAUCUGAAGCUCGAAACAGAGUUGAGUUGUUCAGGCACCUACCUCAGUAUGUGCAUGGAACUCAGCUUCCAGAUUUGGAAUCAAAGUUUUUCCAACUUGAUCAAAUUCAUCCUUCAGUUUACAAGGUUGGACUUCAGUAUUUAUCCGGAAAUAUUACUGGAGGCAAUGCACGUUGCAUUGCUAUGCUUUUGGCGUUUCGGGAAGCAAUCAAAGAUUACUCUACUCCACCAGAAAAGGCUCUUGUUCGAGAUUUAACUGCAAAAAUUGGUAAUUAUGUCUCAUUUUUGAUCGAGUGUAGGCCACUCUCAAUUAGCAUGGGGAAUGCAAUUAAAUUCUUGAAGAGCAGGAUUGCCAAGUUGCCGCAUACUCUGUCUGAAUCAGAAGCAAAGUUCACCCUACAGUCAGAUAUUGAUCGGUUCAUCAAUGAAAAAAUAUUACUUGCAGAAAAAGUUAUAGUUAGGCAUGCUGUGGAAAAGAUUAGAAAUGGUGAUGUACUACUCACAUAUGGAUGGUCAUCUGUAGUGGAAAUGUUAUUGUUAUAUGCCCAUGAGUCUAACAAACAGUUUCGAGUUGUGGUAGUUGAUUCCCGUCCAAAGCUAGAAGGCAAGGCAUUGCUGCAUAGGUUGUUAUCAAAGGGCCUUAACUGCACAUAUACACAUAUAAAUGCUGUCUCAUAUAUCAUGCAUGAAGUUACGCGGGUUUUUCUUGGAGCUUCUUCAGUGCUGUCCAAUGGAACAGUUUACUCCCGAGUUGGAACGGCAUGUGUAGCUAUGGUUGCUCAUGCAUUCCAUGUCCCUGUUUUGAUAUGCUGCGAGGCAUAUAAAUUUCAUGAAAGAGUGCAACUUGAUUCUAUAUGUUCAAAUGAACUUGGUGAUCCUGAUGUCAUCUCAGUGGUUCCUGGAAGGAAAGAUCUGGAUCAUUUAGAUAAUUGGGCUGAGAAUGAAAAUUUGCAACUUCUAAAUCUUACGUAUGAUGCCACCCCUUCUGACUAUGUUUCUGUGAUUGUCACAGACUAUGGGCUGCUUCCGCCCACAAGUGUGCCAGUCAUCGUGCGAGAAUACCGCAGAGAGCAAUUGUGGAUGUAGAGGCAUCUUAUUUGCAUAGAGAGCUUGAGAUUGGAUUCUCAUCAAUUACAAGUAUUAUGCCUUAAUGUUUGAAUUAUUUCAUGGUGACAUGCAUUCCUAGGUGGAAGUUUGUGUCAUUUUUCUUUGUCAUAAUUUUGCGGUGAUUUUGUGUUAUCUGAUGAUAUAACCCGUGAAGAGUGCAGUGUUUUUGCCUCUCCGGGUGAUUUUCAAGGUGCUCUUGUUUUUACUGUAACAUGAGAUUUUGGAAGUGUGUCAAAUUUGCAUGUUGAUCCUUUUGGAGGAUGCUGAACAAUUUUCAUA